AAACGGGGCCGUCACGGUUCGAAACGUAGCCGCCCUGAUGUCUGCAAAUGUCGAUGUAGCGAGGAGCCGAGUCUCCAGUGAUGCUGGUGAUACUGAAGCCAGUCCGGAUACUAAAAUACACUUUCGAGUUUGCCGUUUUAUCAUCGAGACUGGGGUGAAGUUAGGUAUGCGGUCUGUUCCAAUGGCCACAGCAUGCUCCCUCUACCAUAAGUUCUUCCAGUCGGCUAAUCUCCAGGUGUAUGAGCCCUACUUAGUGGCAAUGUCUUGUAUCUACCUCGCGGGUAAAGUGGAAGAACAGCACCUGAGAACAAGAGAUAUCAUCAACGUCUGUCACAGGUACUUCCACCCUGGUAGUGAUCCACUGGAGUUGGAUGGACAGUUUUGGGAGCUAAGGGACAGUGUAGUACAAUGUGAACUUCUCAUUCUCAGACAGCUUAAUUUCCAGGUCUCCUUUGAGCAUCCACAUAAGUAUCUCCUUCAUUACCUGCUCUCUGUGAGGAGUCUGCUGAAUCGGCAUGCCUGGUCCCGCACGCCUAUCGCUGAAACGGCCUGGGCCCUACUCAAAGACAGUUACCAUGGCGCUGUGUGCGUACGUCACCCACCCCAGCACCUUGCUGUCUCCACCCUCUACCUAGCUAUGCACAGCUACGGUGUGCAGAUCCCUAAAGGAGAAAUGGAGUGGUGGCAGGUCUUGUGUGAGGACAUUACUAAAGCUGACAUUGAGACCAUCAUAUCUGAACUGCUGCAGCUCUAUGACAUGGAAGCUAAGUGCACCUGAGAAGGGAGACAUCACCAAGGAGAAGAUCAGCUCAAAGAGGAAGCAGUGCUGAUGUCUCAUGGCCUUAUUCACACAAAUCUCACAGCUGACCAGAGACAUAUUUGAUCAUUCUCAGUGUGAGCGUUUACGGUGUGGACUGAGGUUUGACAGUAGAAUUACACAUGGUUAAAUACUGUGAUGAAGACUUGAGUGUUGGACACUCACUUUGUUCUUUUGAAGGAAGAUGCUCUGUGAAAACCACGGGGGGUUUGGGCACAAGCGUAAUGUGUGGGUGUCACGACCGGAUUUAAAAAAAGAGAGAAAAGAAAAGAAAAGAACAGUCGUUAGCUGUACCACAUCAGUCA